CCUGCCUGGGAUGGGAAGCAGUGGUAGUGUCUCUAAACCCCCUGAUCAACAUGGAGAAAGGAAUACAUCAACCGCACGCAAGACGCCAUCACAUAAUGUGCAGACUAGGAUGGAGGUUGAACUGUUUGGUCAAAAUGAGGUGGCAAAUGUGUUUCGACGAGAUUUUAAGGAAGGCCCAAUUGCUUUGAAUACAUCUACUGCACGUGAGACGCCACCACAUAAUGUGCAAACUAGGAUGGAGGGUGAACCUAUUGGUCAAAAUCAGGAGUCAAAUGAGUGUCGACGAGAUUUUAUGGAAUGCCAAAUUGCUCUGAAUACAGAAAGUGGUUUAAUAAUGGUCUCGAGACCCCCUGAUCAACAUGAAGAAAGGAAUACAUCAACCGCAUGUGAGACACCAUCACAUAAUGCGCAGACUGGGAUGGAGGGUGAACUGUUUGGUCAAAAUGAGGUGGCAAAUGUGUUUCGACGAGAUUUUAUGGGAGGCCCAAUUGCUUUGAAUACAGAAAGUGGUUUAAUAAUGGUCUCGAGACCCCCUGAUCAACAUGGAGAAAGGAAUACAUCAACCGCAUGCGGGACGCCGUCAUGUAAUGUGAAGACUGGGAUGGAGGUUGAACCGGUUGGUCAAAAUCAGGAGGCAAAUGUAUUUCGACGAUAUUUUACCGAACGCCCAACUGCUUUGAAUACAGAAAAUGGUUUAAUGUUAGGGAGUUACUCUGAAUGGGCAAGUCAAGUGAAUGAUCAAUCAACUUUGCCCACUCCUUAUCAAAAUCACAAUGCUCUUGUAUUUCCCCAGCCUCAAAUAACAUCGAUGCUAAGUGAGAACAGGGGUGGUCCAAUAGAUUGGACGAAUUCUUUGGCUUCACAAGCAGAGCCCUUUUCAGACAGACACAUCUCUGGAUCUAGUAAUUUGGCAUUUCCUACAUGGUCAGAUCAAGCGGCUCCUAGUCAACAUGCGGAAGGUCAAUCAGUGCAGUCCACUGUUUACCCAGAUCACAAUGCAGUCCACCGUUUUCCGGAGGGACAUGCCUUUGAAUCUAUUAACUGGAAUGCGCAUACAAAUUCUUUAGCUUCACAAGCAGAGCCCUUUCCAGACAGACUUGUCUCUAGAACUAUCUGGAGACUCCCUGAUCAACUGGAAGGUCAAACAAUGCAGUUCACUGCCCAUGCAAAUCCAAAUGCUCUUGGGCUUCCACAGUUUCAGAUAGCAUCGUCCCAGGUGCCAAGUGUGAAUGAAGCAGCUCCUAGCCAACCUAUGGCUACUAUUCUCCCAGAAAGGCAAGGUCCGAGGUCCGUGAAGGUAAAGGCAACAUAUGGGAAUGGGAAUAGGAUAAUAAAAUUCCCGCUCCCUCUCACGUCUGGAAUUAAGGAACUGAUGCAAGAAGUGUCAAAGACACUGGACUGGGAGCUUGGUAGUUUCGAUGUUGAUUAUAAGGAUGAGGAUGGGGAGUGGAUUUCAAUGGCCCGUGAUGAUAAUGUAAGUGAAUAUCUGCAACUUCUCAACUCAUUAGGAAAUCAAGCAACCAAACUAGAGGUUCGUAAAAAGGUUCCCGAUACCACGGAUAUUUUUUAAACCUGCGGAUUAUUGAAGCAGCAAAGACCAUAGUUGUGUUAGUUCUAGGAAUAAUAUUACAAGGUUGAUGCCAAUUCCAAGUUCCUUGUGUAACGAUACAUUUCCUUGCCAGAUUUUCCCCUCGAACCUGCUAAAUUAAAAUAUUUCCGGUAAUGCUGCCUUCGUAGGGACUCUCUUUGUUUUGGCCUUGGUUUUACCUGGAUUUAGCCUGUGA